UUAUAUUGAUUUGAAAGGGACGACACUACGAUGUUGCCACUUUUUAAUUUCUUGUCUUUUUUUUAAUGCCAAGGUGUACCUGUCUCAUGAAAUUCUAUACAAAUUGCCAAUGCUGCCACUAGCACGGUUCAAAUUACGAUUACCUUAUCUGUGCACCUCCUUGACGUAUGUCAUUAGAUUGACGUGACGUGGCGAACUCGACAGCCCGCAGCCCUAAUACCAAGCCAACGCCAAGCCCAGCGCCUGAGCGAAAGUAAUAUCAAAAUUAGCUAAGGAGAGAAACUGGAUGUGUUAUUGUAAAUAUCCAUCGAUCAAGGAGCAGAUGAUCUACUAAGUAAUCAUGCCACCAGGUAAAAAAUUGGGAGGACCUCGGGGCCGCAAGCGGAAAGGAAAUAACGCUUUUAAAAAUGUAUGCACCUACUGUUCUAAACAGCUAACGUGCAAUAGUGAUAUGUUGAAACAUUUACGUGUAUGCAGUCAGAAGAAGCUAGCUAAUCUUAAGGAUCUUGAUCCCAAAAAGGCCGUCUACAGCUGCACACAAUGCAAUAAAAAGUUCAGGUUCCAGAACAGUUUUACCAAACAUCUAUUAAUGGAGCAUUCCAAGCUCCGAACUGCAGUAGACUGCAAGCAGUGUAGUGUCCGCUGCCCGAACCACCGAGCCCUUAAGGAACAUAUUGCAAACGUGCACGAGCGGGAGAUAUUUGAGUGUGAGCAUUGCAAGAAGCAGUUUGUCAGGCGUGCUCAUGUGUUACGCCACAUCGCUCAAAAAGGCUGUGACGGAUCAGGAAUUACAACGUUUCCAUGUGAAAUUUGCAAUGCGUCAUUUACACGCAAGGACAACUUGAUAGUCCACCUGCGACUGCAGCACAUCAACAAGAACAACUUCAAUUGCAAACACUGCUCCUACCACACCAAGAACUUCUCCAAACUGAUCAUUCACACACAGAAGAAUCAUUUAGAGCCGAAAAACCAUUACGAGUGUGAUUACUGCAGCAAAGUGACCAGCUCUAGGGCUGCUAUGGCCAAGCAUUUAGAAAUCCAUGGAGAAAAGAAAUACGAGUGUGAUGUGUGCGGGUACGCAACUUACACGAUAGAGGUGAUCCGCCGCCACGUACUGGUCCACGUGGAGGAGAAGCCGUACAAGUGCGCGAUCUGCGGCCAGUCGUACAUCCAGCGCUCACAGCUGCAGCGCCAUCUGGUGAAGCAUACAGGCAACCUGUGCGCCAAGUGUGGAGUCAGCUUCAACUCCAAAGCCAGUUUGAUAAUCCACCAGCGCGAGCACAUGGGCCUGGAUAAGCUGUUCUGCCCGUAUGAAGAUUGUCCGUACAGCAAGAAGGAGUUCGCCAGCGAAGCCAACCUCACCAAUCAUGUGAAGACUCAUUUGGACGACAAACUUUACCCUGUGUCAGCGUUCCAAUGCGCCGUGUGCAAGAAGCGGUUCCACAACGAGAUCAACCACCGGCGGCACGUGCUGACGCACCAGCUGGACCGGCCGCGUCGCUGCAUGUACUGCGUCAACGCGCGCGCCUACGUGCGCGGCGAGCAGCUGGUCAAGCAUGUGCGCAAGGGCCACCCCGACCUGUUCCGAGCGCACCUGCAGCAUGUGCGCCGCGUGCUGGGUACGAGCGACAAGAUCGACCGCGUGAAGAAGUCCGAAUUAGACUCUAUCCUCAACGUGCUGGAUGCAGAAGCAGACCGCAUCCUGCAAGGUUACGGCGAGGGCGUGCUGUACGGAGGCGUGCAAGACGUGGACCCCGAAGAGCUGGAGGUGCCGCUCAAGGUGGAAAAGACUGAGAACCCGCUGAUGUCGGAGGAGGAGCUGGCCGACAGCCUGAAGAAGUUGCUGACGCAGCUCAUCGACAUGGAGAAGCUCGAGUGCUUCGGCUGGCCCGACGAGAGCGUCGACGUGGUCCUAGAGAAAGUAAUUGAGCAAUGCGGCGCCCGCGCCGCCGACCGGUUGCGCUGGACGCGCGUGCAGCGCCUGCGCGAGAACACCAAGCAGCUGUUCCUGUACGUGAUCGAGGACGCCAACAUCGCGCGCAUGCUCGACACGCACACCAUCGACCAGAUCGUCAAGCACAUCCUCACGCAGGUCGCGGACGCCGCCGAGAUAUAGGCCUGCGGUGAUAGAGGAGUGGAAUUCCUUGCCGACGGCUAUAUUUCCGAGCUCAUAUAGCCCGGCAACCUUCAAAUCAAGAGUGAACAGGCAUCUUCUGGGCGAGCUCACUCCAUAGUAGGCCACAUCUUUUUUUGGCUAGUCUGUGGCCAAGAGCCAGCCCAUUUUUGCGAUCUCGCGCGACAACAGCCUAACGUUCCGUUCUUGCAUGAGUAUCAAGACUAUAGAUGGUAUUAUUCACGAAGAUUAGUGCCUUGGUUCAUAUUGUCACUCCAUUCGAGGUUCAAUUUGUCAAAUUUGUGCGUGAUCUUGAAUGACACGGUAUAUGCCCACCUUUAAAUUGAUUAAUUAUUUUGAGUAGUGAGUUAGAAUUACCACAUAUGCGAAAUCAGAAAUGCUGCAUGCGUACAUGGCCGAUCAAAAUAAUCAGCACACACAGGCUGGGCUUUAAGACCUUAUAGCAAUAAUAAUAUAGUUGAGAAUUAAUAUUAUAUCAUAGUAUAGUUGAGUCUCGUUUUAAUCAUUAUAUUAGGGUAAACGUGUAUGUAAUAUUACAACUGACCAGAUAUUGUACGUAAUAUUGUAAAGAGUGAAUAGUAGAAAAAGGGCAUUUUUGUAUGAUGAAUAUUGGCCUUUGGUUUUUUCUUAGCAUUUGGUAUAAUGCAAAAGUUACUUCCUUUUUUAGUUAGAAACUAUUGUGCCUUAAGACUAGUGAUCUUGUUUUAUACAAAUACCUAUUAUAAACUGUUCUGUGCUGUAGAUAUAAGAAGGUUUUAAAUUGUUAACUCUGUUAAAAUUUACAGUGAAAAAGACUGUCUACCCCCACAGAUUGUGAACCUAUAUUUUACAAGAGAUUUUCUGUUUUUGAGUAAUACAUAAAUCCUAGAUACUAAUUUAAUCAUCAGUGUUAAGUUUUGUUUUAUUGGUUUAGGGAAAUAAUCGAUUUAUUCUUUUUUUAUAAGACAGACAGGCAUGUCCCGAAUGAAUUGUGAAUUUGAACUUUAUAAGUUUGAUAUUUUACAUAAUAAGUUUUAUAUACGUCCCAACCAAAUAAACAUUGUUUGGUGAUAAAAUAAAGGUUAAUGAGAGGAAAGAACAAAUGAGAUAUAACUUUAUAAGAAACUACAAAUUACUCUUACCAUGUUUAUGUAAGUUUUGUUUAAGAUGUGUUAGUUAAGUUUAGAGUUAUAACUGGAAUCAAAUACCUAUAUUAAAUAAGAAUAAUAUUUGUUAUAAUAGAAUAUGAGGUAUAACAUUUUAUUGGAAGUUUGGAUAAAACAAAAUAUUUUAAAAUCUUUAGAACUUAAUAUUAUUUCGCUCACUUUAGUAAGAUGUGGAUCGAUAUUAUAAUAUACAUAUAUAUUUACUGCGAGCUAUAUUAUCAAACAAAAAAAAAUACGUCUACGUUUAAUUUUAAUAUACUUAUGGGUAUAAAGCACCUAUACCGUGCCUUAUCACUAUUAUUAAUAAACAUUUACUUGGUAUUAAAAA